GAGAAAUUUAGCGACUCUAAUCAACAGAGCCGCGUUUGAAAAUAUCACACGUAUGCUGGUCGUUGAGGUAACAGGUUGAAAGUGAAUAUCGUGAGAUUACAGUACCUUAUUAAUUUGCGAUCGUUAUUUACGAUUUUAUAUCUUCGGAAUUAGAAAAAGAGAUUGUGGGACAAACUUAUACAAAAUGGAAGGAGACAAUAACAACCCUUUGGAUAUCAGUAGUUUGUCGGAGCUCGGUCAUGUCAAUGAACGUAUCAUUGAAGCACCACAAGAGGAACCAAAUGUAUUAGUAUGUGGACGCUGUGAUACCGUUUUUCAAUUGAUCAAGGAGUUUCAAGAACAUCGUGCAGAAGAGGUAGCACGUAAUGUAGAAGAGGUGGAACAAUUAGAUAUAUUAAUAUGCGGACGCUGUGGUCUUGUUUUUAAUUUUACCGAGGAGUUUCAAGAACAUUGUGCAAAAGAGAUGAGACGAAUAGGGCCUCUGAAAUUCUUAUUAUGGAAACAUUCCCAUAAACACAUUCUUCCACAUGAUAUUUGGAACAAAGAGGCUGAAGAUUGGAGACUCUACAGUAGAUGGUGCAAAUGGUCUGAAAUAAAUACAAAUGUAACAGAUGCAUUGAUUACAGUGGAAGAGACAUAGGGGAAACUAGGAGAGUAGUACUGCUCUUAUCAGAUGGAAAUUUUAUGAUGACUGACGCGAACGAAUUUUGAACGAAAUAUUAUUAUAAAUAAAUAAUAUAUAAGUAAUAAAUAAGUAAUGAUAAAGAUAAAA